GCUCUUUCUGAGUUUCUUAUCUUUGUUUUAUUCAUUCCCAUUGCUUCUCAAGAUUCUACCUUUUCCUUCCAAGAUGGACAUUUUAUCAUUUUCAUAGAUUGUUGUUUUCUUUACUUGGGAAUUUCGAUCAAGCUAGGAAGUCCAACAAAAAACUUUGGCCGGGAGAUGGGAAUAACAUAUUCCUGUCCCUUUGCCAAUUUUGAUGAUUCAGAUACUCGGUUCGAAUCUUAUUUAGUGAGAACAAUGAGUUUUGGAAAUGAUGGUACGAGGACCACGUUACAUCAUAUUAAUUUCAAUGAACAAAAUUCUCAGCAGUCAAAAAUGCAGAAGUCUCUCAGUUCUGGUAAGUUGAUCCUUGAAGGAACUCUUAGCUAUAAAAGGAGGGAACUGGAGGCCGAGAUUGGACUAAAGACUCCUGCGUUUGAUGCGGGUGAUAAGACGUCGAAUAGAUCAGAUAGCCUCACGAGCAGUGAAGAGGUUUCUGAAAAUUUGCAUAGUAUGCCUGACCAAACUACUAACAUUCUACCGUUAGUAUAUGAGAAACAAAGAGAUGAGGCUGCAGUAAAGUUGCAGAAAACGUACAAAAGUUUUCGUACUCGAAGACGGCUAGCGGAUUGUGCUAUUCUAGUUGAGCAGAGAUGGUGGAAGGUAUUAGAUUCUGUUGAACUCAAGCAUAGUUCUAUAUCAUUCUUUGACAUUCAGAAACCCGAAACUGCUUUUUCUCGUUGGUCAAGAGCUUUAACUAGAGCUGCUAAGGUUGGUAAAGGUUUGUCCAAAGAUGAAAAGGCAUGUAAGCUUGCUUUACAGCAUUGGCUUGAGGCAAUUGAUCCUAGACAUCGUUACGGUCACAAUCUUCAAUUUUAUUACGCCAAGUGGCUCCAAGCUGACAGUAAACAACCUUUCUUCUAUUGGUUGGACAUAGGUGAAGGUAAAGAAGUAAAUCUUGAGAAGUGCCCUAGAUCAAAACUUCAUCAACAAUGCAUCAAGUAUCUUGGUCCGGUAGAGAGAGAGGCAUAUGAAGUUGUAAUUGUGGGUGGAAAAUUCAUUUACAAGCAGAGUGGGAGGCUUCUUGAUACAAGGGGAGGUCCUGAAGAUACCAAGUGGAUCUUUGUGCUAAGCGUGUCGAAGGACUUGUAUAUUGGAAUGAAGCAAAAAGGCACUUUUCAGCAUUCCAGUUUCUUAGCUGGAGGAGCCACAUUAUCUGCAGGCAGAUUAGUGGUGGAAGAUGGUAUUCUAAAGGCUGUCUGGCCGCACAGCGGACAUUAUCUUCCCACAAAGCAGAAUUUUGAAGAAUUUAUAUCAUAUCUUGAGCAACAUAACAUUGAUGUCAGUGUUCUCCAGAAAUCCCCGAGUGAUGAGGAGGAAUCACAUUUUAUUAGGAAGGAAGGUGGUUUUGGCCUUCGUAACAGCUUAUCUGCACCAGAUUUUAGCAAAGCCAAUGAAGAGAGCAACACCAAACACUCACACAAGGAGAAGACUGAUUCUACUACCAAGUAUUGCAAGGAUGCAGAAAAUUCAGUUCCAUUAUCAACGCGGUCGCAAGGAUUAAGACCCCAAAUUGCGGUCCAAAUACCACUAAGGCAAGACGUAUUUGAGUUGUUCCCUAAGGCUGGCCAGCAGGGAGGAUCAAAAGACGACACACAGCCUGUGGAUACUCCAGUAGAUGGAUAUGAAACAGCAGAAGAAUAUUUAUCUGAUACAGAACUAUCAGUUUCAAAGCAGAAUUUAUUUGAUGACGAAGAUGAAGAAGAUUAUGAAGAACCUAUCCCCACAGAAAAGAUAAUCAAGAGAAUAAAUACACAUAGAAGAACGAAGUCAUUCCAGUUGGCUCAUCAGUUGUCUUGUAGAUGGACAACGGGAGCUGGACCUCGGAUUGGAUGCAUGAGGGACUAUCCAACAGAGCUCCAAUUUCGCGUUAUGGAGGAGGUGUAUUUGUCUCCAAGAACUACAUCUCCAACUCCACCUAAAUCUGCUCGACGUCAUACUCCUACUAUCUUUUCUAGAGAAGCAACUGAAAGCAAAAAACGUCCUGUUUCUGAAUCAGCAGCAUUCUUUCAAUCAACCCCGCUUGUAGAAGAGAUACAAAAAUAUUGUGAUCAGUAGUUAGGAGAUAUCAAAUCAUUCUUACAAUAUUUUUUUUUGUUUUUUUCCCCUGAAGUAGGAAAGUUUCAUCAUUUUGUUUUUUUGAUCAUUCGUUACAAACUCCUAUACAGAUUUUUGUAAAGUCGGACAUA